AUGUUUGAUGAGAUGAUGGAUUCUCAAAAGAUUAUUAAUUCUGUGAUAAGUAUUUUUUAACAUGUAAUGGACCUCUUUCAUCAAAUUUUUUAGUAUGUGAUUUAAAAUAUAGAAUAAUGGAUUUAUUGUCUUACAUGUAUCCAACUGGAUAUUAUGAUAUUGGAUAAUUAGAAUGUGCAUGUAUUUUUAUUGAAUAGCAUUAGAAUACCACUAUUCACUAUCACUAUUCUUGUUAUAAAUGUUUUGAUAAUAAUCAAGAAAGUUGUAUUGUUUGUUCUCUAGAACUUAAUUUUAGAGUAUUAUAAGGAAAUAUCUGCAAAUUUAUUAAUGUUGAUUAUUAAGAGUAAGGAAUUUCUUAGUAUAAAAGUAACUUUUGAUUACUACCAAUCUAUUAGAUAUAAAUAUGAAACAUGUAAGAGCCAAGCAGAAAAAAGUUUUACUUUUCCAUUAAAUCCUUUAUGUAUACUUGAUUCUGUUAAGAGGUGUUUUUAUCCAGAAGAAUUUUAUGAUAAAUAAGAUUCAAUCGUUUCUCAAAGUAAUUUGCAUAUCUGCAUUUUAGGAUGCCAUUUCAAAUGUAAAUCUUGUGAUGGAAAGAUUCGAAAUAACUGCCUCACUUGUGAAUCUUAUGCUAAAAGAGAAUUAAUAAUUAAUGAAAGGAAAUGGUACUCAGAUUUUUUUUAAAUUUAAGUUUAAGAAUGCACUAGUAAUAAUAUUAACUCUAAAACAUAUACGAAAUAUUGA